CAUUCAAAAUCGGAUCAACUUCUGACCUUUGCCCCAAACAUUCAUGGAAUCGCAUUUUCAUUCAAUUAUUCUUUAAGGCAGGUCUCUCUCCCCUGCACUGAUCUCGAUUACUAGGGUUUCAAAUUGCACACUGUAUCGAUUCAUGUGUCGAUUUGUAUAGUCGAGGAUGUAUAGUAAUUUCAAAGAGCAAGCGAUCGAGUACGUGAGGCAAGCAGUGCAAGAAGACAAUGCGGGGAACUAUGCCAAGGCCUUCCCGCUGUACAUGAAUGCUCUGGAAUACUUCAAGACCCACCUCAAGUACGAGAAGAACCCUAAGAUCAAGGAGGCAAUCACCCAGAAGUUCACUGAGUACCUGCGCCGGGCAGAGGAGAUCCGGGCCGUCUUAGAUGAGGGUGGCGCAGGCCCAGCUUCCAACGGAGGGGAUGCUGCUGUGGCCGCGAAGCCGAAGGCCAAACCCAAGGAUGGGGAUGAUGGGGAGGAUCCCGAUCAAGCUAAGCUCCGGGCUGGAUUGAACUCUGCUAUCAUUAGGGAGAAGCCUAAUGUCAAGUGGAAUGAUGUUGCUGGGCUUGAGAGCGCCAAGCAGGCCUUGCAGGAGGCUGUGAUUUUGCCUGUCAAGUUUCCCCAAUUUUUCACUGGCAAGAGACGGCCGUGGAGAGCUUUUCUUUUAUAUGGCCCUCCUGGAACUGGGAAGUCCUACUUAGCGAAGGCUGUUGCUACUGAAGCAGAGUCAACAUUUUUCAGGCAUAUGUCCCUCUUAUGUGCAACCUAAAAGUGGUAUCUAGUCCAGUUGUCAAAACAUAUCCUAUCAGCAAUAAAUAAUUCCUAUAAAGUCCUCCUCAAGCAGUCUUGAGAGCCUUUUAUCCCUAUUGCACCUAUCAAAACUUUGAGCAUACCUUUUCUUUUUCUGAUGCUGGUAUCUCUGUAUAUUGCAGACUUUUCUAGGCUGUUGACUUGUUUUCUAUUCUACUACAUAGAUUGUCUGGGUGUGGUGGGGUUAAUAUAUGAAAUAAGAAUUUGAGGUUAGG